CGAACACACCUGUUUCCUUCCGGUCUUCCGGCAACCAAACCCCGAACGUAUCGAGAACACAACAGAGUCAGAGACAGGUUCAUUGGGCCGUUUUUACUUUUUCAUUGUUGAUUGCGUUUACAAAAGGUUGCGUGAAGCAUCAUCCCUCGGCGGUGUAUACGUACCGUACCUGUCGCUGGUACGAUGCUUCUGUUGUAGAAAAAGAGAAGGUGAAAGAUAAAACCUUGGCAGGAGAAAGAGUCAUCACGUAUGCCGGCCGCUACAGACCGGCCCUUUGUGUGCGUGCGUGCGUACAAGGCACCCUUCGCGAGAACCGGUGAGCAAUCGGGAGAAUGAUUGAGCGAAAUAUUCCGGUUUGCUACUUAUCUCACCGGUUUCUCACAGUGCCGAAAGCAUAAAAUGCAUUUUGAGCUACAAAAUGUCAGCGCUAGAAAAGUUCGCUCUUACCAGCGGCAUUUUGACGUUUCGAGCAUUCUUUUUUUUUGGAGGUUCGUCUUUUACGCUCGCGAAGAUCUCUCGUUUCACUAACAAAAAAAAAAAGAGUGCAACGUAUGGAUCAGCCCUGCAAGACAGUUGCAUACAGCCGAGAGCGAGCGAUCGCAGAGCAAAAGAUGAUGAGCGAAAGAAACUAGUGAGAGCGGACGGGUUCAGUGGCACCUGUGCGAGACUGUGUGUGGAAGCUUCGCGCAAGCUGGCCAGUUGGAGUAAUACCUUUGAUGCGUACGCAGGCUAGUAACAGCGGUAAGGCCAACAAGUGCAACGGGUGCUAGACACCGGAAAAGUCCGUGUGGUAGGCAGUGUUUUUGCAGUAUAGAGCGUGGAGAAAAAAACGCGAGUGUUAAGAAAAACCCGCUGAAGAGGGGUUGAGAAGGAAGAAAGGAAGAAGUGGCAGAAAAUUCCAUUGCUCUGGUUUUUUGUUGUUAUUAUUGGCCGACGAUCACGAUCGAAUCGGGAAGAACGUCUGAAAGCGUACGCGAGUGAGUGAGUGUAAUUGUUUAGCAAAGCGCCACCUUUUCCCUGAGUGAGUUUUCGUGUGCGUUUAUGCGUGUUGAAGCUGUGCAAUCGAUAAUAAUGGCAGCCAGCCAGAAGUGAAGCUAAAAAUAAUAUAUAUAUAUUGAAAUCAUAACGAAAUUAGCAUGAUAACGUAUCAUCAUCAACGGUAAAAAAAACGAAAACAAGAUUCGAUUUGUGUGACCUUCGAAAAAGGUAUUCAUUUUGUUUGUUGAAGUAGUGAAAUUUUGUUCCAAUUGAUUUCACUGAAGAAAUAUACUGAUUCGUGCUGAAGAUUAAACCAGAAGUCAAUGUGGCGUCAAAAUGGUUAUCGUUACACGGGGUGAUUAUAUUUGGAUCGAGCCCGUGUCCGGACGAGAGUUCGAUGUGGCGAUCGGGGCUCGCGUAAUCUCAGCAGAAGGUCGCCGGAUUCAGGUGCGAGACGACGACGGCAACGAACAAUGGCUGACGCCGGAGCGACGCAUCAAGGCGAUGCACGCCUCCUCGGUGCAGGGCGUCGAGGAUAUGAUUUCGUUGGGCGACCUGCACGAGGCUGGCAUACUGAGAAACCUGCUCAUCCGAUACAACGAAAAUCUUAUCUAUACGUACACCGGCUCCAUUUUGGUUGCUGUCAACCCGUACCAGAUACUGCCCAUCUAUACAGCCGAUCAGAUCAAGCUGUACAAGGAGCGCAAGAUCGGUGAACUGCCGCCACACAUAUUCGCGAUCGGUGACAACUCGUACGCACAUAUGCGUCGGUACGGGCAGGAUCAGUGCAUUGUCAUUUCGGGUGAAUCGGGCGCUGGCAAGACGGAGAGUACAAAGCUGAUCCUGCAGUACCUGGCUGCGAUCAGUGGCAAACACUCGUGGAUCGAGCAACAGAUUCUCGAAGCAAAUCCGAUACUGGAAGCGUUCGGUAAUGCGAAAACGGUCCGCAACGACAACUCGUCCCGGUUCGGCAAGUACAUUGACAUUCACUUCAAUAGUGCGGGUGUAAUCGAAGGUGCCAAGAUUGAACAGUACCUGUUGGAAAAAUCGCGCAUCGUGUCCCAGAAUGCGGACGAACGGAACUACCACAUAUUCUACUGCUUGCUCGCCGGCUUAUCGCCGGAGGAAAAGCGACGGUUGGAUCUUGGUCAGGCGGCUGACUAUCGUUAUCUCACUGGAGGCGGGUGUAUUCGAUGCGAUGGCCGUAACGAUGCGGCCGAGUUUGCGGACAUCCGGUCUGCUAUGAAGGUGCUGUGCUUCUCGGAUCACGAGAUUUGGGAAAUCUUGAAGCUGCUUGCUGCACUGCUACACACCGGUAACAUCAAGUACAAUGCGACCGUGAUCGACAAUCUGGACGCGACGGAAAUUCCCGAGCACAUCAACGUGGAACGUGUCGCGAACUUGCUCGAAGUGCCGCUUCAACCGUUUAUCGAUGCACUAACGCGUAAAACACUGUUCGCCCAUGGUGAGACGGUUGUGUCGACGCUUUCGCGCGAUCAGUCGAUGGAUGUGCGGGACGCAUUCGUGAAAGGCAUCUAUGGGCGACUGUUUGUGCUGAUCGUGAAGAAGAUCAACCAGGCCAUCUACAAACCGAAGUCAUCGACGCGCAGUGCCAUCGGUGUGUUGGAUAUCUUCGGCUUCGAAAACUUCGAUCACAACAGUUUCGAACAGUUUUGCAUUAACUUUGCGAACGAAAAUCUGCAACAAUUCUUCGUGCAGCACAUCUUCAAGCUAGAGCAGGAGGAGUACAAUCACGAAAGUAUCAACUGGCAGCACAUCGAGUUUGUGGACAAUCAGGAUGCGCUCGAUCUGAUUGCGAUCAAGCAGCUUAACAUUAUGGCACUGAUCGAUGAGGAGAGCAAAUUUCCGAAGGGCACCGAUCAGACGAUGCUGGCAAAGCUGCACAAAACGCACGGCACGCAUCGGAAUUACCUGAAGCCCAAGUCCGACAUUAACACCAGCUUUGGGUUAAAUCAUUUUGCCGGUGUCGUGUUUUACGAUACGCGUGGAUUUCUGGAGAAGAAUCGCGAUACGUUCAGUGCCGAUUUACUGCAGUUAAUUUCAAGCUCCACAAACAAAUUCCUGCAGCUGGUAUUUGCCGAGGACAUUGGAAUGGGGGCGGAAACACGCAAACGUACACCGACACUUUCCACACAGUUUAAGAAGAGUCUUGACUCGUUGAUGAAAACACUCAGCCAGUGUCAGCCGUUCUUCAUUCGGUGUAUCAAACCAAACGAGCUGAAGAAACCGAUGAUGUUCGACCGGGCACUCUGCUGUCGGCAGCUCCGGUACUCGGGCAUGAUGGAGACGAUCCGUAUCCGGCGAGCUGGAUAUCCAAUUCGACACAACUUCCGUGACUUUGUCGAGCGGUAUCGGUUCUUGAUCAAUGGCAUACCGCCAGCACAUCGGACCGACUGUCGGAUGGCUACGUCGAAGAUCUGCGCAACGGUGCUUGGACGGUCGGACUAUCAGCUAGGUCAUACGAAAGUGUUCCUCAAGGAUGCACACGACCUGUUCCUGGAGCAGGAACGUGACCGGGUGUUAACGCGCAAAAUCCUCAUCCUGCAGCGAUCGAUCCGUGGCUGGGUGUAUAGGCGACGAUUCUUGCGUAUGCGCCAGGCAGCCGUUACGAUUCAGAAGUACUGGAAGGGAUACGCCCAACGGCAACGCUAUAAGAAGAUGCGCAUCGGUUACAUGCGAUUGCAGGCGUUGAUACGAUCCCGUGUGCUUAGCCACCGGUUCCGACACCUGCGGGGACAUAUCGUGCGGCUGCAGGCACGCAUUCGAGGGUAUCUGGUAAGGCGUGAGUACGGACAUAAGAUGUGGGCGGUGAUUAAAAUUCAAUCGCACGUGCGGCGUAUGAUUGCCAUGAAGCGGUACCACAAGCUGAAGCUGGAAUACCGACGUCACCACGAGGCGUUACGUUUGCGGCGCAUGGAGGAGGAAGAGCUUAAGCAUCAGGGUAACAAGCGCGCGAAGGAGAUCGCCGAACAGCACUACCGUGACCGGUUGAAUGAGAUCGAGCGAAAGGAGAUGGAGAUCGAGCUGGAAGAAAGACGGCGAGUGGAGGUGAAGAAGAACAUCAUUAAUGAUGCGGCCCGGAAGGCGGACGAGCCGGUCGACGAUAGUAAACUGGUGGAGGCGAUGUUUGACUUCUUGCCCGACUCGAGCAGCGAAGCACCCACUCCACACGGUGGUCGAGAAACGUCCGUAUUUAACGAUCUACCAGUUAAUGCCGGUAGUCACGACGACAUCAUCGGUCCGAUACAUACCAUCUCGGAGGAUGAGGAAGAUUUGUCCGAGUUCAAGUUCCAAAAGUUCGCUGCCACCUACUUCCAGGGCAACAUUACGCACUACUACUCACGGAAACCGCUCAAACACCCGCUUCUUCCACUCCACACACAAGGAGAUCAACUGGCUGCACAGGCACUAUGGAUCACAAUCUUGCGCUUUACCGGAGAUCUACCCGAGCCCCGCUAUCACACGAUGGAUCGCGACAAUACGUCCGUAAUGUCAAAGGUAACGGCAACGCUUGGGCGUAACUUUAUCCGCAGCAAGGAGUUUCAGGAGGCACAGAUGAUGGGUCUUGAUCCGGAAGCGUUUCUCAAGCAGAAGCCUCGCUCGAUUCGCCACAAGCUGGUAUCGCUAACGCUCAAGCGUAAGAAUAAGCUAGGCGAGGAUGUGCGUCGUCGGCUCCAGGACGAGGAGUACACGGCCGACAGCUAUCAGUCGUGGCUGGAGUCACGUCCAACGUCUAAUUUGGAAAAGUUGCAUUUCAUCAUCGGCCACGGUAUAUUGCGCGCGGAGCUACGUGACGAGAUAUACUGUCAGAUCUGCAAGCAGCUUACAAACAACCCGUCAAAGUCAUCGCACGCCCGUGGCUGGAUCUUGCUUUCCCUGUGCGUCGGAUGUUUUGCUCCGUCGGAAAAGUUCGUCAACUAUCUUCGGUCGUUUAUUCGCGAAGGUCCUCCAGGGUACGCACCUUACUGUGAGGAACGCUUGAAGCGAACGUUUAACAAUGGUACUCGUAAUCAACCUCCAUCCUGGCUAGAAUUGCAGGCCACCAAGUCAAAGAAACCGAUCAUGCUGCCAAUUACGUUUAUGGAUGGCAAUACGAAGACGUUACUAGCGGAUUCGGCAACAACCGCACGGGAAUUAUGCAAUCAGCUAUCGGACAAGAUCACACUUAAGGAUCAGUUCGGCUUUUCGCUUUAUAUAGCACUGUUCGACAAGGUGUCCUCGCUGGGUAGUGGUGGAGAUCACGUAAUGGAUGCCAUUUCACAGUGCGAACAGUACGCGAAGGAACAGGGCGCUCAGGAACGUAACGCACCGUGGCGAUUAUUCUUCCGCAAGGAAAUAUUCGCCCCCUGGCAUAACCCGAUCGAGGAUCAGGUGGCAACGAAUCUAAUCUACCAGCAGGUGGUGCGAGGCGUCAAGUUUGGAGAGUAUCGAUGCGAUAAGGAGGAAGAUUUGGCGAUGAUUGCCGCCCAGCAGUACUACAUCGAAUACAGCACAGACAUGUCGAUGGAUCGAUUGUACACACUGCUGCCCAACUUUAUACCCGACUACUGUUUAACCGGAAUCGAGAAAGCAAUCGAUCGCUGGGCAGCGCUUGUACUGACGGCGUACAAGAAGAGUUACUAUCUGAAGGAGAAAGCAGCCGCCCUGAAGGUGAAAGAGGACGUCGUGAGCUAUGCAAAGUAUAAAUGGCCACUUCUAUUUUCACGCUUUUAUGAAGCAUACAGAAACUCUGGUCCAAAUCUACCGAAGAAUGACGUUAUUAUUGCAGUUAACUGGACAGGUGUCUAUGUAGUGGAUGAUCAGGAACAGGUGCUGUUGGAGUUGUCCUUCCCGGAGAUAACGGCCGUAUCGAGUCAAAAGACGAACAAGGUGUUCACGCAGACAUUCUCCCUGUCGACGGUGCGAAACGAGGAGUUCACAUUCCAGAGCCCGAACGCGGAAGAUAUACGGGAUCUUGUGGUGUACUUCCUAGAGGGGUUAAAGAAACGCUCAAAGUUUGUGAUAGCACUGCAAGACUAUAAGGCACCGGGAGAAGGAACUAGCUUCUUGUCGUUCCUGAAAGGUGAUCUGAUUAUACUCGAGGACGAAAGCACCGGUGAGACUGUGUUGAAUUCGGGAUGGUGUAUAGGUUGUUGUGAACGAACGCAAGAACGAGGAGACUUCCCAGCGGAAAUCGUUUACGUGCUGCCCACGCUCACAAAACCGCCGCCAGACAUUCUGGCACUGUUUAGCGUUGAGGAUGCCCAUCACGGCAAGCGUCUAAACUCGGUUCACUCAAACGGUAGCACCGAGGGACGGGAUCGACCGCACAAUUUGGCCGAGUAUUCGCUCGAUCACUUCCGGCCACCACCGAAACGGACCAUGUCGAAAGCACUCAGCACACUCAGCUCGAAAGGGCGCGGUGGGGACGAACUGUGGCGCUACUCGCGCGAACCACUCAAGCAACCACUGCUAAAGAAGCUGCUCGCCAAGGAGGAACUGGCGGAGGAGUCCUGCCUAGCGUUCAUUGCCAUCAUGAAGUACAUGGGAGAUCUGCCAUCGAAGCGGCCACGCAUCGGUAACGAAAUCACGGAUCACAUCUUCGACGGACCGCUCAAGCACGAGAUCCUGCGGGAUGAGAUCUACUGUCAGCUGAUGAAACAGCUCACGGACAACCGGAACCGGCUGUCGGAGGAGCGCGGCUGGGAGCUGAUGUGGCUUUCGACCGGUUUGUUCGCCUGCAGUCAGCAGCUGCUGAAAGAGCUGACGCUAUUUCUGCGCACCCGUCGCCAUCCGAUAUCGCAGGACUCGUUGCACCGGCUGCAGAAGACGAUCCGCAACGGGCAGCGCAAGUACCCGCCGCACCAGGUAGAGGUCGAAGCGAUCCAGCACAAAACGACACAGAUCUUCCACAAGGUGUACUUCCCGGACGAUACGGACGAAGCGUUCGAGGUCGAUUCGUCGACGCGCGCCAAGGACUUCUGUCACAACAUCUCGCAGCGGUUAAAUCUGCGCUCCAGCGAAGGUUUCAGCCUGUUCGUGAAGAUCGCCGACAAGGUUAUCUCAGUGCCAGAGGGAGACUUCUUCUUCGACUUUGUGCGCCAUCUGACGGACUGGAUCAAGAAGGCACGGCCGACGCGGGACGGUUCGAACCCACAGUUCACGUACCAGGUGUUCUUCAUGAAGAAGCUGUGGACGAACACGGUACCCGGGAAGGACAAGAAUGCCGAUCUGAUCUUCCAUUACCAUCAGGAGCUGCCGAAGCUGUUGCGCGGCUACCACAAAUGCUCAAAGGAGGAAGCGAUCAAGCUGGCCGCGCUCGUGUACCGCGUGCGGUUCGGUGAGAGUAAACAGGAGCUGCAGGCAAUACCGCAAAUGCUUCGCGAACUGAUACCGUCCGAUUUGAUCAAGCUGCAGAAUGUGAACGAUUGGAAACGAUCGAUCGUUGCGGCGUACAAUCAAGAUGCCGGCAUGUCGCCCGAGGAUGCCAAAAUUACAUUCCUUAAGAUCGUGUACAGAUGGCCAACGUUUGGUUCGGCAUUUUUCGAGGUGAAACAGACAACUGAACCGAACUAUCCGGAAAUGUUGCUGAUCGCGAUCAACAAGCACGGUGUUAGCUUAAUUCAUCCCACGUCCAAGGACAUCCUGGUGACACACCCAUUCACACGGAUCUCGAACUGGUCGUCCGGUAACACAUACUUCCACAUGACGAUCGGUAACUUGGUGCGUGGCUCGAAGCUGCUGUGCGAAACUUCCCUCGGCUACAAGAUGGACGAUCUGCUAACGUCCUACAUUUCCCUCAUGCUGACCAACAUGAACAAGCAGCGCACGAUUCGUGUCAAGUAAAAUCCUGACGCUCCCCUUUCGUUGGAUCAUGCUCAGCAAUGACUCUGAAACGUUUGAGGGUGGGAGAUAUUUUUGCCCCUAAUCUCAAUCGUAACACGGUAAACAAUGCUGAUCGUGUACCAGUUCCGUCCAUGGGAGAGAGUGUUCCAGUCCGUACCGUGUGUAUCUGGAAUUCUGGAAUUAUGCCAGAAGCAUAUAAACAGUGUGUUGUCGAAUGGCCAAGCAAAAACAUACAUCAGCACAAAUAUUUAUCACGAUCGCUAUGGUAAGAGAAUAUUAACCCGCUGCGGUUAGGAAGGUGUGUUGUGCUUUUAAAACGCACCACAUCCACAACCGUGGUCGUAAGGAAGGGUUUGUUGAAUAAUCAUGCGCAAAAAGCUAGGAAACACUAAGAAAAAGCGAACAAAAAAUCACUGCUAGACAUUAGUUUCUUCCUUUCUUGUAGUUAGAUUGUUUUUAUUGAUUUGAAAACUCAAACAGGCCCCCUGCGGCAGGAAGGUGGGGGGAUGUGAAUUCUAAAUUUUAAAAAUCAAAACUAUGGCAUUUGGUAGAUUUUAGCGUACGGGACCGACGGCACGAAAAGCACCGAAAGCAAGAUCGGUGUUGUGUUUUAAGGAAUGGAAUUAUUGACAAAGUUUGAUCGAAACCGAAGCAGUUGAUUUAUUUACGUGUGUGUGUGUGUAUACUGUUGCGCACACUUCCUCAUUAGAUAAGGAAUGUCUUUAAUGCUUACAAUUUACAUCUUUUCAUUUCACGAAAAAAAGAAACAACAAAACAAUUCAUAGGCAUUAGCUAUUAGCAAACGAGACAAAUGUGCUCCCUUUCUAUAUUUUAUUGUUUUCUUUAGUGUCCUUUACGACGGUAAUAUAUAGCAAAAGAAGGAGAGAAAAGAAACGUUACGCGUUAGUUAUUAUUAACUGGAUGGAUUUAUUGUAAUUGCGCUGCUAUUAAUAAUAUUAUUAAAGGUAUUGUAAUGAAUAUUAUUUUCUUUUAUACGAAUACGUACGAGGGAUGGCAGGAUAGAUGGAUGGAUUUUUGUUUUGAGCCGUACGAACAAAUCAAACAAAAUGGUGGUUAGUAGUCUUUAUGUUACGAUGGCGAUCUACUUAGCGGCAGAAAGCAAUGUGGCGAAACAAUGGAUGAAGCAAAACUAAAAAAAAAAAAUGGAAACGGUGUUGUUAAAACGUUGGGAGCGUUAUUAGUUACUUAUUACUGAGAUCGAAAUCUAUGCAAUAAAUACAAAAACAAUUGAAAAAUAAA